AUGCCGUCUCUGCAGCUGCUGCAGUUGACGGACCGCGGACAGGUGCUUCUGGCUUCCAAGAGGAGGACUCUCGCUGUUGUUUCUGGCGCGCUGAUUGCUGGUGGAGCUUUGGCCUAUGCCCGGUCAAGCCAGAGCCAGCGGAGGAGGCGUUCGGAGGCAAAUUAUGGCAGCGAAGCCAGUGAAUUGGCCACCAAAGGGGAUGGGUUGAGUCAGAAUGGUAGAUUGGCUGCAACAAAGCGUAAAAUGAGUGGGCUUAAAUCUUUGCAUUUCCUAACUGCUAUCCUGCUGAAGAAGAUUGGUCCCAAUGGCACACGCUUCCUUCUAGGCUUGGUAUUAACAGCGGUGCUGCGUACUGCUGUGGGGCAUAGAUUGGCAAAAGUUCAAGGCUUUUUGUUUAAAGCAGCGUUUCUUCGGCGUGUCCCAACAUUUACACGCUUGAUCAUAGAAAACCUUAUAUUUUGUUUCCUCCAAUCCACAUUAUAUCAAACAUCAAAAUACUUGACAGGGUCUUUGAGUUUGCGUUUCAAGAAAAUUUUAACCGAUAUCGUUCAUGCUGAUUACUUUGAGAAUAUGGUUUAUUACAAAAUGUCACAUGUGGAUCAUCGAGUAUCAAAUCCAGAGCAAAGGAUUGCUAGUGAUAUCCCAAAGUUCUCUUCUGAACUAAGUGAGCUUGUACAGGAUGAUCUGGCUGCGGUUGCAGAAGGGCUAAUAUACACCUGGCGUCUCUGUUCGUAUGCUAGUCCAAAAUACGUGGUCUGGAUUAUGCAUAUGUACUAG